GGAAGGGGAAGAGGAAGAGGAAGAGGAGCGUCAAGUGGCGACGGCACGCUCCAAAAAGCAAAAGAGACUUCGCAGCUAUGACUCUGGCGAUGAUCCAGACGACGAUUAUUCUGUGAUUAGUGAGAGAGCUGAGCGUAUCACUAAAGAAAAAUAGUCAGAUCGCUAGUCACGAUGAACUGAAAUCCGAGGAAGAGAGCGAAGAAGAGAACGAAGAAGAAACGAAGAAGAGACGGAAGACGCGAACGAAGACGCGAACGAAGACGAGAUCGACGACGAGAUCGACGACGAGACUGUGCACGUUAUUGAAGAAGAGGCUGCUUCUCACCGAGAUAACCGGCCGUAUCCGAUCAAGAUGGAUGGCAAGAAACUCGACUCUAUCGAAUUGAUGACAUCCAAUCUCGUCUUAGGAAAGGAUGGGAACUUGAGACCUGAGUUGAAAAAAGCUGCAGACACUGUUGGGGCGCUCAAGAUUGCGACAAUGUGUUCUGGUAGUGAUGCUCCUAUCUUUUUCAUAGAACUUCUGUGCGAAGAUCUCAUCCAGAAUCACGACGUGUCAUUGUCAUUUGACCAUGUCUUCUCAGCCGAGAUCGUGCCUUUCAAACAGGCUUUCAUUCAACGCAACUUCCAUCCAAAGCUGAUCUUCAAAGACAUUGCUGAAUUCUUCCGGAAAGAACUCAAAGUGGACAGAAAAGCCACAACUGCCUAUGGAAGCAGAAUCGAGGUUCCCUCCGAUGUUGAUAUCUUGUUUGCGGGAUUUAGUUGUAAAGACUUCUCCAGGUUGAACAAGUCGCCAAAGACUCUGGAGGAUGCUGGUGAGUCUGCUGUCACUUUUGCUGGACUAAUUGCCUACAUGAAGAAUACAGAAUGCAGACCCAAGCUCGUGGUUAUGGAAAAUGUCCUCCUCGCGCCGUGGAAAAAAAUCAGAGAAUACGUGGAAGCCAAUACUCAGUACCUCUGUACACACACCCACUUAGAUACGAAAAAGUACUACCUCCCACAAACUCGCAAUCGACGCUACAUGAUUUGUGCGCUCAGAACUUCAGAUCUUGAGAGCGAUGAUGCUUGUCGUGGGAAAUUGAAGGAUUGGACGAACUCGUUGAAAGAGAUCAGCAACAAUUCACCAAAUCCUGCAGCGUCCUUUGAAGAAAUGUUGCAAUCUGCUCAUAACACAAAGUACGAAGACUCGAAGCAAGGCAAUUGGGCAAGCAGCAAGUAUCUCGCUGCGGCUUGGAGGGAAACUCUUGGUACCGAGAGACCUUUCACCAAUUGGAGUUUGUCUGGAAAGAAAAGAUUGCCAGAUUACUUCAGGCCCAGUCGUGGUAUUACUGAACGCACUUUGGACCUCUUGGAUUGUGUAUUUCUGGAACAAGUUCGAUACGGAAUUGAUAUCCGAUACUACAGCCGUUUUAUCGAGUGCUCCCAGAACGUCGCACGAAACCCUACAUCCCACGAUAUUGGAUUGCUCUCAUGCCUAAAGACCGAUGUCAUUCCCAUAUGGUCUAUCGAAGGUCGAAGACUCUCUGGGUGGGAAUUGAUGCUUUUUCAAGGGUUUCCCAUCAAUCGAAUCGACUUCACUUCUUUCAGCGAUAAAGAGAUCUGUGAUUUGAACGGUAACGCAAUGAGCACGACCGUCGUUGGCGCUGCAACUAUUGCUGCACUUGAAAUCUUUCACAUGGACCUGACCCAACGAGGUCCUACUGCGUCCUUACCCUCAGUAGCCACCAGUCCCAGUGAGCAUCACUCUGGGGAGAAUAAUAAUCUGUCUCCUAUGUCGAACUCUGUUUACACAACCUGUUCAACAUCCGAGCUCAUCGCUCGGGCGAUUGUGAGUGUUCAGAUCUGUUCAUGCGAGGGUUGGAAAUCUGGGGCGACCAGUUUCAAAGAAUGUGCAGUCUGCAAACAUACCGCAUGCACAAAUUGUGGCAAGAAUCCGGUUCACGAAUACACCGCAAAGCAAAGUACUCCUGCCGAAGCCACGACCAAAGCACAAUUUGUCAGAUACGUCAAGGCCAUGCUCCCAGCGAUCCUCCGACUGAACCCCGCCGAAUGUACAAAACCUCCGCUGGACGAUGUCGAGAUCUCUUACCGCGAACACUACCAAAAUGCCUUAGAAUGUACUUUCCACAUGUCUUCAGUACAACGUAGUGAAGUUUGGGAGAUAAUCUACGAAGGAGCAUGUGCCAGACUUGUUCUUGUCAUCUCCAGAGGAGGUAGAGCACAGUGGUUUCUGUACGCAACUCCUACCACUCUGGAUCGAUCAGAUGUGAGAAAGUAUCUCGACGAAUUUCCCAUCAUGAGAAUGGACCUGGAUAACUCAGGGGCAAACAUUACCCACGGAUCGUGGUACAUGUGGCUCCCAGAACCUGAGAAAUUGUUCUCCGUUCGAAUUACUGGCUGUGGCAGUGCUGUACCUUCUUUCCAUGCAGCUUGUGGAAUACCAGAACAUAAGGAUGAUGAAGUGUAUGUUGAGCUUGAAAUCAACGUUUUGGAGCAACAUAAGCAGUAUGUGGGUUCCGACUUGAGUGGCACAUACAAAUAUCGUCCUAGGUGCGGACAAGCUUUUGAUUCGUUACACAUCAAGGAAGGUGCAACUGCCGAGCCAGUUUAUCUCUUCUUGCAACACCCUAUCCAAGGUAGUGAGAUCAAACAUACACGAUUCGUGUUUGCUCGAAAUUGCCGGAAGCUGGGCUAUUCGGAUCACAGAAUGAUUUUGGGUAGUCUUCCGCCGAAUUUCCGCCAACCGUUGGUCUCUUCACUUGAUCCAUCUGAGACGACAAGUCUGAAAGUCUAUGGCUGCUGGAAAGAUUGCGAUGACAUUUCUAUCAAGUUCGAUUCAAGGGGAGUCUUUCAAGAAGUCAACUUCAGCUGCCAAGAUCUAGCCUCGAUUUCGGAUUCAAAUUCUCUUUGUAAAAAGUGGCAUGAAGGUUUUCAAGCUGAGAACAUUCAGCUAGAUGCUCUAGAUCCGCAGUGGUCAUCUCCCGACUGGACUAUUGUCAAGCAUACAUUAUUACCUGACUUCUUCAGAAAGUUCUUCUGGGCGAUCUGGGGAGGCCUUCAUACGCAACACUGGCCCAAGGAUUCUAAAUGGAAGAAGGCUGGUGCAGAGGAAAAUGGUUGCCCGGUUGCGUGUAAUGAUUGUUGUCCGAAGCCGCCCUCGGCACACUGGGGUCUUCAAGCCAGUCGAAAUGAGAUAUCGGAAGCCAGUGCGACUCCACUCGCUGAUGCAUUGGGCACAGUUGAACAACCAGAUGAUGAAGGGCAUGCAGAGAAGGAUCCACCCGUCAAGGUACACUUCACCCUUGUCCCGUUCGAAAUCCCGGAGGAAGCCUUCCGGUAUGAGCAGAACCUACCUUCAACAAAAGACCUUCCUCUGAAGUUGCGAUACAAGACAAGUGAAAAAGAUAGGUUGAUGACCAUCCAGCUGCUCAUCAAUCUAGCCAUCCUCAUUCACCGUGCUAUCGCUGAAUUGACUCGACGAGGAGGAAAACCCAUCGUCAGCUCCGAGUGGCGUCUCGUGACAAACGACGACUUGGAAAGUGUAUCAAAGCGAGCGCCAUUUGCUUUGCAAAGAUCGACGAAUAUCAAUCCAGCCCCUGAGCCCGAAGGCUUGAAGCUCAAGCUUGAUGAGGCCCAGCUAAGAAGUCUUGCUUGGCAUCUGAAUCAGGAGAACUCACCACCGCACUUCGACGAAGAAGAGGUCUUCGAAGCCAGAAUACCAGAAAUCGGGUGCCGUCUUGAAGCUCGAGCUACACGCAAACUCACAGCACGAGGUGGACUGAUGCUUCACGAAGUCGGAUUUGGGAAGACCAUCAUCGCAUUGUGUCUGAUACUUCAGCAGGCUGCUUCCAAAACUCAUGCGAACUGGUCCAAAGAACCUGGCUCUUCAAUUCGGCUUGACGCAUCAAUCAUUUUCGUACCUACUCAGCUGACUCUCCAAUGGCGAGAGGAGAUUCACCAGCACAUGCCCGACACCUACAAAGCCGCUGACAAGGUCAUCAUGAUCAGGAGUUCGGAGGAAAUGCGAGCACUAUCGGUUCAAAAAUUCAAAGAGGCAGAGAUCAUCAUUGCAGAUGUGUCAAUGCUCACGGCAGAGGCCUACACGGACGACCUAGCAGCGCUUGCUGGUAUGGACGAACUACACAGCGGUGCCAGCCGGGGUGCCAAAGUUGAGUGGUAUGAAGCUGCACGUAAGGCCAUCUCCUCAAACUCGACCUUGUUCGAGAGUAAACCAAAGGAAUUCUGGGACGAGGUUGACAAAUCUUUGGAAAAACAUCGGGAAGAGGUCCAAUGGAGUGAGAUGCCAUCUCCAAUGCAUCGGUACAAAAAGGAUGAAGUGACGGUGGAGCACAGUGGAGCACUUCUCAAGACCAAUGAUAUUCCGGUACCGAUUUCCAAUCAGCAAUUUUCCAGUCAGGCCAAUGAGAGACAGGCGAUGGUGUUCGAAUUGUUCGAAUUUUGCCGAGUCUUCUUUGAUGAAUAUCACUACCUUGAAGACCCAAUACUGGUCAUGAUGCAAAACGUCAAAGCUCAAUGCCGCUGGCCUAUGUCUGCAACUCCACAACUCGAGACGCAAGGAGGUGUCGCUAAAGCCGCCAGUCUCUUGGGAAUUAAUCUCGGAAGGCUGGAUUACACAUCGAUGUCUCAGCAGACAUUCGCGAAGUCCACUCGUGAAGCCACAAAUUACGAACUUCUUGCUGCUUAUCAUGAACCAUAUUCAGUUGCGUGGCGCAACAACGUCCACAGGCGAGAGGAGGACUUCCUAAAGAAGUUAGCUUGCCAAGAUAUUGUUGAUGUAACAGCUUUCACAGUGUCCGAAUCUUGGAGAAUCGUCUAUCCAUCUACUGCCCACCGUCUCGGCUACUACGAAAUGCAGCAAUUAUUCGCUUUCACCAACUUUGAUCUCAAACGAAGGCCCGGACAAAACAAACACACUUCAAGGGCGAUCUACUACUUCAGCGCCGUGUAUAAACCCAGGGACGUGAAUGGCAGGCUCGUCAAGGACAAUUCUCAUUCUCAGCCAAACUCCAGAAAUGAUACUCUAGAUUGCGAUAAAAUAAUUGCACAACGUGGGCACGAGCGCAAUAUCGCACAGCAGACCCUUAAGUCACUCCUAGAGAAACUCGCCUAUCUUGAGUAUGAACCUAAGGACGUUUCAAACGGUAAGGACUGUAAGAGGUUCUCAGACUACAAGUCUACCAUCAAGGGGUCGCAGAAUCUGAGUGCGGCUUCGAAAUUCAUUCUCGGAGCAAUCAAAGGGCUCACAGAUCUCGACGCAGAUACGGUCAAAAACCUCCAAUUAUCCUGGAGCACCUACGGUAUUGUGGCUCCGAAGAACAAGCUAGCAAAGCAUCAAUGUGUGUGGUAUCAUUGGGCUGUUAAAGAACUCAUUGUUGGGACCGCCGCACUUCAAAAUCAGGACGCUGCCUUACAUGAAGUCUUCAAUGAUCUCCACCGUUAUGAAUCGGCAAAGACUCUUCAUGAGAAAAACAGAAUCUGUUGCCAGAACUGUGAUAGUCGUACAGAUUCUAGUAAGAUGGUUGUUCUGGGGUCGUAUGGUCAUCUGCUAUGCCAAAGAUCCAGUUGCCUACCUCCAGAGUCGGAAGAUGAAGGUAGCUGUCCUCUUAUUACUUGCCAAUUAGACUACGCAAGUGUCGAUAUUCUGCGAGCUAGCGAACUCAAGGUCAAAGAAAGACAUGUUGAUGGCCAGUUCUCAACAUAUGGAAACAAGAUCCAUGCAGUGGUGUCACUCAUCCAAGAGAUCACCACCGACAGCGAAGACUGUGUCCUCUUGUUUGUACAAGGUCAUCGAGUGCUUACCAAGACGGUCGAAGCAUUGAACAAAGCAAAACUCAAGCCCGCUAAGUUGGACUACGCGGCAUCCGACGCCGAAGGCGCAGAGACAAUUGCCAAAUUCCAGCAAGCGGAUAGUAAGAUCAAGGUCCUGGUCCUGGAUAUCGGUAGCCAAGAGGCGGCUGGCAGCAAUCUUCAGAGGGCGAACCACGUUAUAUUCCUACAGCCAUACUUUACAUCUGGCAUUUCGGCUCAGAACGAAUACGAGGCUACCAUGAAGCAAGCAAUUGGCCGUUGCGUUCGACGCAAUCAGGAGAAGGAAGUUCACGUCUACCACUACAUGACAGCCAACACGAUAGACGUCGAUAUCAUCGAGAAGAGGAAGGACAAGAAAGUGGUUGCCAUGGUGGAGAAAAAUGAAGCUGGCGAUGACGACGACAAAGAUCAAAAUGACGUUAAGCAAGGCGUCCAAAGUAAACCCACAGACGACGAGUUCUUUGUCGACUGUGAGUUGGUCUCUCGAGCCGAGGAUGAGGAUGAGAAGAGUCUGUUCUCCAGCAAGAUCGCUGAGCUUACCAUAGAGCUAGACGAUGAUUGGGGAUGGUCUUGAACUGCUUGAACUUGUCUAAGCGGUUCCAAGAUGAAUAGAGGAAAUAAAAUGUGGACCUGCUAACAUGAAGCUUAGCAAUUUGGAGUUAUUUCUUGCAAGGGGUGCAUUGCGGGCGUUCUUGAUGUUAUUUCCUUCAAAAAUUGUACGGCAUCUGGGAUUUGAUGUUAGUACUGAAGAUGACAUAGGAAUUUGGAGAGAAAUCACUCAAAUUGCAUCGCACUGACCACAGAAAGAAUGAAGGUAGAAG